UUUGGGGGCCACAGAAGCAAGAUACCGAGAAUUUUACCCACCCAAGAAGCUAAAAAGUCCGUUGUCAAAACCUCAUGAAAUGGAUAUCCCUUACAAGCCUUGAAAUCUUCCAUGAAUGAAUGCCAAAACCAUAUCUUUAUCUUCCUCGUCCGAACUUCUAAACGGGCCCAACCUAAGAAACACAUGUUCAGAUGUUCUACUUUCAAUUUAUCCCUUCACAAGCUGAUUCAACCAGGUAAGUGUACAACUCGAAAGCCUGUUGAGUUUCAUCCACUUAUCUAGUUUUUAUGGUUAAAUGGUAGUAUAGUAUCGCAGUUAAUGGGCACAGGGCAGUGUUAGAUUUUAUUUGAUAGAUAGCGCUGCUUGUAGAGGAGACAUGGCUUGUUUUUCUGUUGGUUGCAGUCAUGGGUACUUUAUUGCCCGAGACAAUUUGGGAUUUUAUGGUGGAAAGACCAUGACUUUGGGGAGAUAUGGAGGUUUCUUUUGUAGUUCAUUUCCCUUUCCUUCUAGGGGGCAUUAUAAGUUUUACAAAUCCCAAAAAGGGUUGCUCCGGAAGGGCAAGUUUAGGUCCUUGGUCAGUGAAAAAGAUGGAGUUUCCCCAUUGGGAUUUUAUAGCUGUUGUAAAUCACAAAGUGGGUUGUCUUUUAAUAAUGAGAUUAAGCCAUUGAGGAGUGGUAACAAUGGAGAUAGACCUGUCUAUGCGGUGAAUAGGAAGAACAGUGAUAAGGUGAGGAGGAGAUUAUCAUUAAGAUUAAGACCGAGGUUGCGGUUAUUGACUAUAAAACUGAGAAGGUUAUCGGUUAGGUCGAUGUUAGAUGAUGUUGGGACGUUUGUGAGGAAAAAUAUAAGAAGAGUGACUUUUUCUGCUGCAAUUUCUGUUGCAUUGGGGCUUUGCUAUCUGUUUUUGAAAGUAACAGCAUUGCCAUCUCCAAAAAUGGUUCCGUAUUCAGAUUUGAUUAUGAGCCUUCAAAAUGGGUCUGUUACCAAGGUUUUGAUCGAAGAGGGUUCUCGUCGGAUAUAUUACAAUACAAACUUGCAGAGUGUUGGAAAUGUUCAAAUGUCUGAUAAAGAAUCAUCAGCAAUGAGUGCUCCAUCCGAAAAUGUGGUCGAUAAAGUUGCAAGCGAUGGUUCAAUGUCUGUCCAAUCGCCAAAUGUGAAUGUGUUAAAGAAAAUUUCAAGGACUAGAGCUUCUGUCCCUGUGUGGCAGUAUUCUGCAAGGAAAAUAGAUCAUGAUGAAAAGUUUCUUCUCAGUUUGAUGAGAGAGAAAGGAACUACAUAUAGCUCAGCCCCUCAAUCUGUUAUGAUGUCAAUUAGGAGUACCUUGAUAACUGUGCUAACUCUGUGGAUUCCUUUGAUACCUUUAAUGUGGCUUCUCUAUCGUCAGCUUUCUGCUGCUAAUAGUCCAGCAAGGAAGCGGCGACCUGACAACGAGAUAGUUGGAUUUGAUGAUGUUGAAGGUGUUGAUGCUGCUAAAGUGGAGCUCAUGGAGAUAGUCUCAUGCCUACAAGGAGCUAUUAACUACCAAAAACUUGGAGCAAAGUUACCCAGAGGUGUGUUACUGGUGGGCCCUCCUGGAACAGGAAAAACAUUAUUGGCCCGUGCAGUUGCUGGAGAAGCAGGUGUUCCAUUUUUCACUGUUUCUGCCAGUGAAUUUGUAGAGAUGUUUGUUGGAAGAGGGGCUGCUCGGAUUAGAGAUCUUUUCAAUGUAGCAAGGAAACAUGCACCUUCUAUCAUAUUCAUUGAUGAACUUGAUGCUGUUGGAGGAAAGCGUGGUAGAAGUUUCAAUGAUGAACGUGACCAAACACUAAACCAGUUGUUGACAGAAAUGGAUGGCUUUGAGACAGACAUGAAAGUAGUUGUUAUAGCAGCAACUAAUCGGCCAGAAGCAUUGGAUCCAGCCCUUUGUCGGCCAGGUCGCUUCUCAAGAAAAGUACUUGUUGGAGAACCAGAUGAAGAAGGAAGGAGAAAGAUCUUGGCUGUACAUUUAAGAGGAGUUCCACUAGACGAAGACAUGUAUCUUAUCUGCGAUCUAGUUGCUUCUCUAACUCCAGGUUUUGUAGGUGCUGAUCUUGCAAAUAUUGUGAAUGAGGCUGCUUUACUUGCUGCUCGUAGAGGUGGUGAUACUGUUAAGAGAGAAGAUGUAAUGGAAGCAAUUGAAAGGGCAAAGUUUGGUAUCAAUUAUAAGCAGUUUAGACCGACUACAAUAAGCAAAGAGCUGGGGAAACUGUUUCCAUGGAUGCCAUCUCUGAUGAGAAAGAAUGAAGCAGGAGAGGAAGGAUUGCAAGGGCCACUAGGAUAUCAAACUCUAAGCUGAAGAGUACGUACAUUUACUGCUUCUGUUGUAAUUUAUCUGGUAAAAGGAAAAAAAAAAAAAAAAUCACUUGGGUUCUACCGAUAUCUGAGAGUAAAAAUUUUUGAUUUAUUAUGAUAUAUCAAACAGAAAUAUUAAAUGAUAGUCAAUUACCAUAAGAACUCCAGAAUUGUCAACAUGUCUCCUGUCAAAGAGAUCUAAGAAUCUGUACUUUGCAGAAAUUAUGUGUUGUUUGGACUCUAUGUCAAACAAAACUCCUGUUAGGAGUCCUACACCCGCUUUUCUCAAGUCUGCCUUAUUACUAUACUGAUUUGAAAGAUGAAGAAAAAAUUCCGGAUUUAUGACCA